GGAGACAGUCAACAGUAGAGGGGCCAUUUUAUUCUCUGAGAUUAGCAGGGAGUAGUCUACUACUCAGUCAGGAGGCCAGUUGGGAAGACAAAAUAGGCACCCCAAACUCAGCAACUUCAUAGCACCUUCCUCUCCCCCUGAAGCCUUAAACUGUGUCAAGUCAAAGAAACCUGGGGCAAAUCCUUAUCAUGUUUUUGACUGCAGUAAAUCCACAGCCACUCUCUACUCCAGGCUGGCAGAUUGAGACCAAGUACUCAACGAAAGUGCUCACUGGAAAUUGGGUGGAAGAGAGGAGAAAGUUCACCAGAGACACUGACAAGACACCCCAAUCCAUUUCCAGAAAAGAAUACAUCCCUUUCCCAGACCACAGACCAGACCAGAUCUCCAGGUGGUACGGGAAAAGGAAAGUUGAGGGGCUCCCCUACAAACACCUGAUCACCCACCACCAGGAACCCCCACAUCGCUACCUGAUCAGCACCUAUGACGACCAUUACAACCGGCAUGGUUACAACCCCGGGCUGCCUCCGCUCCGCACCUGGAAUGGACAGAAGUUGCUGUGGCUGCCAGAGAAGUCUGACUUCCCCCUUCUUGGUAUUUUUAUAAUUCAGGGUUUUCCUCUGAAUUGGUCUGUAAAGGCGCACAGACCAAUGCAGCUAUACCUGCCUUAUGCAGAAGGAGCCUCACAGGUGACCCUGGCUCCAGGAGAGCAGUGGAUGACACAGUCGGGGCUGAGUCCUAUUGUCCCCUCAGGCUGCCUCCUGUGCUCUCCCCUUGAUACGGGAUAAUCUUGGCUGUGUAAUGAAGCCAUCACCUGUGCCCCAUGAUGGCAUGCUUAGAGCACAGGUGGCAGGGAGCGCAUCCACACAUCCUUCCUCCCAGUCCUAUUUACUACAUGAAUAGUGACAAUAUUUCCCAGGUAGUGCUCCUUACUGCAAUGGUAGCAAACACUGAGGAAUUUCUGGCCUCGGGGAGUUGACAUUCCAGUGGGGAAACAGAUAAGACACCACUAAAAAGUAAGAACACUUAAGAUCACAUAGAUAAUUUUAGACAGGAAUGUGUGCCAUGGAGAGAAAACAGGUAAUGGAUAGAAAGUGAGGUGGUGAAUUUGUGAGCCUCCUUUGGUUCACACAUUCCUCCUUGGAAAAGUGAGGGAUGGUCUUUGUUGAGGAGAUAGUUGAGUUGGGAAGAAGGGAGCCAUACAGAGAUCGAUAGGGAGGGCAUUCCAGAGGAAGGAACAGAAAGUGAAAAAGGUCUACGGCAGGAAUGGAGGAGGGCCAUGUAGGGGCUCACAGGGAACAGUGAAGGGAAUGAAAUUUGUCCUACCCACAAUCCCAAGACCUGGAAUGCAUUUUUGCAGGAGAGUGCCUUGAUCUGAUUUGUAUUU